AUGUUGAAAUCAAUUGUUUGCUUGUGUAUCUUUGCUUUAAUAUCAGUCAAUGCCUUCCAAUUUGAACUCACUGAUCAGGCUUUGGCAUAUUUAGCUAAAGUUAAAUUGGCUGAUUUACCAGAAUCAGUUCGAUUAUCAUUAACUAGUGGUUCAGGACGUGCUGCUAGUGAUGCUUCACAUUGGUGUUGUAUUAAUGAACAACCAAUUACAACAGUUACAGAAACAAAAAUUGAACAUGCUACACAUGUUGUAGCUACAAAGACAAAAGUUGGCUAUGUUGAUUGUGGUUUUAUGGGUACUAUGAAAUGCAGUCACUAUGUUACAGCGUACAGACCUGCGAUGUAUACAUACAUACAAACAUUUCAAGUUCCUAAUAUGUCUGCAUGCAGUAGUCAUGAAGUGAAAUGUUGUGCUGGUUAUAUACUGGUUGCUGAAAAUUGUCAUACAUAUGCUGAUUUGGUUUCUCAUCAAGAAUUGUUUCAAUUUUUGAGUGGUCUUGGUUUACUUACAGUACCUGGUGUUGGAAAAUAA